AGAAAAAAAAAACUUUUUUGUGUGACAACCUUCUGCAGAUGAUCCCAGAUCAGUUAGAGAUCCUUUCAUCAUUCCUAAUAUUAGUUUUUUUUUCUAUUUUUACUUUUAAUCCUUUGUAGUUGGAGUUAAUAAAUGUAACAUCUACCUGAAAGGAACUCUGACAGACACAGUACAAUAGAAAAACAGUAGUGAAUAACAGUCUUCAGUUGUGAUGUGUGCAGUCAGACGACAACCUGACGGACGGAGAAUAAUGUAAUAAUCCUUGGAGAUCUCAACGCCGACUGUAACUACGUCACCAUCAAAGGCUGGAGAUCUGUCCGUUUGAGGAGCGACCCCAGGUUUGUUUGGCUGAUCGGAGAUGAAAAAGACACCACUGUCCGUGAGAGGACGCACUGUGCCUACGACAGGAUUAUUGUCAAUGGACGUGAAAUUAUUGCCAGUGUAGUGGCAGGUUCAGCUCAGCCGUUCAACUUUAAAGAGAAGUUCCAUCUCACAGAGGAGGAGGCUCUUCAGGUGAGUGAUCAUUUUCCAGUAGAAGUUGACCUGAAGUCUAACCAUCGCUAUCAUCCUCACCACGAACUGUAAAAUGGCCUUAAACCACACAAAGACUUCCUGGCUGUUCAACUAAAGAGGAUUCUCUGUACUCUUACUUUUAUAAUGAUUGUAAUGAACAGACAAAUAAACCUGAGAUGUUUCAGUGUGAAGAGACUGCAUGUGGUACGUCGACUCUGCAACACCAAACACUGACGCUGGAAGGUCACUAAUUAGACAGCAACCUUGAUUAAAAUGUACCUCUACUACGUCAUACAUGUUCACUGACGUUUCAUUUCGUAGCGCUGUGUUCAUGUAGCUCGGUUUUCACAUCCUAAUUUCAGCUUCACAUCCUAAUUCUUGCACGGUCUGUUCGACAGGAAACCACCUGCAGACACAACAAGAGUUUUUCUGCUCUUGCUCUCUUUUUCAGACACCGAUAGAGUGAGUGAUCUAAUAUAGUCUUGAUACAUUUCCUGACACCAUCGAGCGACUUGCUGAUCUCCAAAGAUGGAACAAGAAUUGUCUGACGUGCUCAGAGAAGCUCUUGCAGAAUUGCCUCUAUCUUCAGUCCUCGGCGGAGAUUUUGAACUUCAAAAUUUGAAUUUUGAUGAAAAAAGUGAGAAGGAAGAGGCCCAGUGCUCUCUUAAAAACAAACCAACACAGGAAGACGAAGCUCUGCACCAGGAAGGAACUGGUGAAAGUGAACUUUUGUUUAACGUGGAAGCAGAAAAUAUGUACUUGACUGAAAAUGUUGCCGACCAUCAGCCCGAGGACCCUCAAGAUGAAGAGGAUUUUCAGGGUGUUUCCAGCCUUGUGAAUACAGAUAGAACACCAGAGGAGGAUUGUGGGAGCUCCGAUGGAGGAACUGAUCCAGAUGGUCCUGUGUCUCAGGAAGAUGAAGACAAUGAUGAUGAUGAUAAUAAAAUAGGAACGACAAAGACGCCGGGGAAUUUGUUGAUGUCUGAGUCCUGUGAUUAUGAGUUUGACUCUGGUCAUAGAGCAGACGAGAUGUUUUCUGAGAAAACACCUCUGGUGCCGGAGGACGCUGAACUUCCUCAGGGUAGAGAUGAAGAGGAAGAUGAGGGUGAAGGUCAUGAUUAUACCUGGAGAUAUGAGAGAUUUCCUGACUGUGGUGAUGAGAUGAUGACAAAGAGUCUAGAAGACGAGCAGAAGGUUGAAGAAAACGUGUGUGAGUGUGAAAACAUCAAGGUAGAACCAAAAGUCGGUCCUCCUGCUCAGUGCUUUGAAGAGGUUGAAAGUCCUUAUGGAGGAGCGUCAGCCUGUUUGGAGUUUCCUUCAAUGUCUUCGCAAAGUCUGCAGGAUCUUAUUGGUGAGGGCAAUGUUGAGAAAAUGAAAGAGUUCUCAGGUGAGGAGCAUGAAGAGGCAGGCGAGAGCUUCGCCGAUUAUCCUUCAGACUUCUCCUCCUGCGAAUAUGUAGGAGAUGGAUAUAAAAUUCAGGGGAGCAGACCACCCACGUCCAGCUGUGACUCGAAAGACGACACCAAUAAUGACACGGAGGAAGCCGUGGAAGACGCAGUACCAAUGGGGCCAGAAGAGGGCACUGACGAGCAGGAGGACGGCUACCUGUACAGCAGGGAUCUGGAGAUGGAUGCUGAAAGAAUGGUGAGUUUCAUUGUGGCGGCAGGAGACAAAGAUGAAAAAGACACAGAGAUUGGGGAGGACGUGUUGGAUGACGUCACAGCGAGACAGUGGGAAGAUAAAAGUGAGACAGUGGAGACUUUGUCCAAGCACCCCAGUGAAGAUGAGGUCCAAGAUCAGGGAGAAAGAGACAAUGAACUCUUAGAUAACGUUGACUUAAAAGACCUACAAGACAAAGAACAACCAGAGGACACAUGGCCUAACAGUGCAAACAUGGCCGACUGUGGAGAGGGCGCAGACUGGGACUAUGUUUUGUCAAAAACUUCAUCCUUCCUGUCUGAUCAGUUGAUCACAGAAGACACAGUUGAAGCAGAGGUUUCUCCAUCAGACCUGAACCAGAGUGCUGCGGGAGACUCCGACAGCUACUCAGUGGAACAGAGAGAGCACAGAGGAAAUAAGACGCCUGCUUACCAGGGAUCAGUGGACGUCAGCUUCUUCUUCAACAGAGAUGUGGAGAUAACUGAGCUGGAACGGAUGGAAGAUGACGACCAGGAUGACGAGAAGAGCUGGGAACAGGAGCAGGAGCGAAUCAAUGCUUUAUUUGAGUUUUACAAUAACAGUGAAGUGCAGACUGAAGGAGAAGAGAGUAAGUUUUGCACAGAACCACUGUCUCAAGUCAUCAGCUACGACAGCGACAGUAGUGAUGCUGGUUCACUGAGCAGCUCCUCAGAUGAAGAGGAGAACCUGAGCUCUGCGGAAGCAUUCGAAGAACUGAAGGACAUAUUUGAGAACAUUCACAGGUGUACUCCCUCCAAGUCACAGCUGCCCAGGAGCUUCCCAGAGAAUAAAGCCUGCCACACAAAAGUCUGUAGCCAAAAACACAAGUGUCUCAGGAUGUUGAACGGCACAGCAAGGAUGGGUGCGAUAGUGGUGAUCGGACUACUGAUGUUCUGGUGGACCGUCACCCAAGCAGGCUGGCUGCUAAGUUUCAUUUAAUCUAAGCGCUAAAGCUUUGUGUUCACUUACAUUUAUCAUGUACAUUAGUUUUAUUGUGUUGUCUUAGGUGAUUAGAGGCAAUAAAAUGGAAAAAUAGUUUUGAGCACCAGUUAUUAAGACCUAUGAAUCAAGAGCUAAAAUACUAAAUAUUGUGUCCAAUUUGCUGUAAACACUGUUUAAAACUCACCAGUGCUUUUGUAAUAAUUAAACCAAAUUCCUCUUUCCAUUAAAUUAGGGAUCAGUGGAUGAAACACUGACAUGUUUACUUGUAUUUUACUUUUAAUAGAUGUGUAUUAAACCUGAAAACCAUCAGUUACUUGCAAAUAAAGUAUUUACAUGCAAAA